AUGAAACGGCCAGCUCAUGGACAAUGCCAGAAAUUCGGUCUCAAAUGCGAUGGGUACGAACGCGAGACCGUCUUCAUCAAUAUCACCGCUGAACCUUCUUCCGCGGACGACAAGCACCCACUUGAGCAAGCGUCUCCGCAGGACUUGGUGCUUCCCGACGCCCUGACAUGGUCUGCAUUUGAGGAGAAGUACCUUGGAAUUUUCUGGGGGCUUUAUCUUCCCCAAUAG